AUGGAGGGCAGAGGUUUUAAUCCGUACGGUGCCGGAGGUAAUGGCGGCGGCGGUGGUGGUGGUCGUGGCCGCGGAAGGAAUGGUGGUGGCCGGGGUAGGUAUGGCGGCGGCGGAGGUGAUGGCGGUGGCCGUGGCGGCUAUGGCUAUGGCGGCGCCGAUGGUGGUGGCCGCGGUAGCUUUGGGGGCGGCGGCGGCGGUCGAUAUGGCGGCGGCGGCGAUGGUGGUGGCCGUGGUAGCUAUGGCGGCGGUGGCGAUGGUGGUGGCCGUGGUAGCUAUGGCGGCGGCGGCGGUCGAUAUGGCGGCGGUGGUGAUGGUGGUGGUCGGGGUAGAUAUGGCGGCGGCAGAGGUGAUGGUGGCGGUCGGGGUAGAUAUAGUGGUGGUGGUGGGGGUAGAGGUGCUUGGGGUGGUGGAGGCUUCGCCGGUGGUUACGACAACAGGGCGGCUCAAAAUUGGGGUGGGGAUGGUGGAUCCACGGGGAGCCCUUGGAGCAGGACACCGUCGGCGCCGUCUUCAACUCCUCCAGUGACUGAUCAGCCCCUUUAUUCUCCUCCUAGCAAUUCAGUUGAAGUUGAGCCUAAAUUUCAAUCGAUGAAGAUUUCAGAAGCGAAGCAGCUAUUGCUUCCUCUAAAGGCAACUGAUGAUAAGCUUUUACCUAUCAGAAGGCCUGAUAGGGGAACUCUUGCUAUUAGAUCAGUCAGUCUUCUUGCCAAUCAUUUUUCAGUGUCAUUCAACCCCAGGAGAAUUAUCAUGCAUUAUGAUGUUGACAUUAAGCAAGCCACACCUGCUGGAAAACAGUCUUUCAGGAAACCAAUUCCCAAAAAUGUUAUGCGCCUGAUUAAAAACAAGUUAUUCUCUGAAAAUGCUAACUUUCCAGUGGAUAUGGUUGCUUAUGAUGGGGAAAAGAACAUAUUCAGUGCCGUUGAACUGCCUGUUGGGGAGUUUAUUGUGGAGUUAUCUGAUGGUGAAGAUACAACUGCUUGCUCUUAUAAAUUGACUAUUAAAGAAGUAAGUCGGUUGGAGUUGUCCAAGUUGAAAGAGUAUUUGGGUGGAAGAAUCUCUUACAUUCCCCGUGAUAUACUACAAGGUAUGGAUCUGGUGAUGAAGGAAAAUCCAUCCAAACAUCGAAUAGCAGUCGGUAGAAGCUUUUAUGGCAAGAAUUUCAGAGUAGGAGAUGAUCUCAAUAAUGGGAUUGCUGCUUAUAGAGGAUUCUAUCAGAGCCUGAAGCCUACUUCACAGGGUCUUUCCUUGUGUUUGGACUACUCAGUUCUGUCUCUUCGGAAGCCUAUGCCAGUUCUAGAUUUCUUGAAGGAGCACAUACAAGGUUUUAAAGUGGUUGAUGAUGUUACAAGGAUGAGACAAGAAGUUACUAAUGCUUUGAAAGGGUUGAAAGUAACUGUAACUCAUCGAGUCACAAAACAAAAAUACAUUAUAUCUGGGCUGACUAAAGAAUCCACUCGGAGCCUUUCAUUCGAUCUUCUUGAUCCAGAUUCUCAGGGUUCAACCAAGAAAAUCGGGAUUGCGGAGUACUUUUGGCAAAAAUAUGAGAGAAGAAUUGAACAUCUUAACAUCCCUUGCUUAGAUAUUGGAAGGCCAAACAAGACAAAUUAUGUUCCAAUGGAAUUUUGUGUUUUAGUCGAGGGUCAGAGGUAUCCGAAGGAGGACUUGGAUCGAGAUCGGGCUGCAUUUUUGAAAAGCAUAUCAUUGCCUGCUCCAGCAGAAAGGAAGAAGUCGAUUUGUGAAAUGGUGCAAGCUGAGGAUGGACCUUUUGGAGUUGUUGCCAACAACUUUGACAUGAAGGUUGACAAAAAUAUGACACCUGUUCAAGGUCGCGUUCUUGGUGCACCUGAAUUGAAAUUACGUGCUACAAAUGGCAAUAUAUGUCCUGUGAGAGUUGAUCAGGAGAAAUGCCAUUGGAACCUUGUGGGCAAAUCUGUUGUCGAAGGACAAAAAGUUGAACGCUGGGCCUUGAUUGAUUUUACAUCUACCAGUCGAUUUAGAAUGCGCAUUCCAGACUUUGUAUAUAACUUGAGGAGUCGCUCCUCGAGACUUGGGAUGCACAUGGAAGAGCCUUUGGUCUGUUGCUCAACUGGAAUGCAUGAAUUUUCUUCAGUGUCUAAUAUUGAAAAACUUUUGAGGAAGGUCGUUUCUGAUGCUGGACAAGGUGGCCGCCUGCAGAGGAAAGGAUUGCAACUGAUAGUUUGUAUCAUGACUAAAAGAGAUCCUGGUUACAAAUAUCUUAAAUGGGUCUCCGAGACACAAAUUGGUGUAGUUACUCAAUGUUGCUUGUCGAAUCUCGCGAGCAAGGGACAAGAUCAGUAUUUGGCAAACCUUUGUCUCAAGAUAAAUGCAAAGGUGGGAGGAAGCAAUGUAGAGCUCAAUGGACAGCUUCCUAAUUGUGUUUAUGAAGAUAAGGUGAUGUUCAUUGGGGCAGAUGUGAAUCAUCCUGCAGCGAGAAAUUCCACAUGUCCUUCAAUAGCUGCUGUUGUGGGAACUAUCAACUGGCCUGCUACAAAUCGAUAUGCUGCGAGAAUUCAGCCUCAGGAACAUCGCAAGGAGAAGAUUGUCAAUUUUGGCAGUAUUUGUCGAGAUCUGGUGAACACUUUUGCGCAGCACAACAGCUAUAAGCCCAAGAAAAUUAUAGUGUUUCGCGAUGGUGUUAGUGAAGGGCAAUUCGACAUGGUUCUGAAUGAAGAACUGAUUGAUUUGUUGCUAGCUGUCUGUGACGAGGAUUAUAGGCCAACUAUCACUCUUGUUGUGGCCCAAAAGAGGCACCACACACGUUUGUUUAACUUGAAGGAUGGUGGUUUCAUUGCAAAUGUUCCCCCAGGAACUGUUGUGGACACAACAAUCAUUCAUCCCUUCGAGUUUGAUUUCUAUCUUUGCAGCCAUUACGGCAGCCUUGGUACAAGCAAGCCCACACACUACUAUGUCCUUUGGGAUGAGAAUGGGUUCACUUCUGACAGUUUACAGAAGCUGAUUUAUGAUUUGUGCUUCACCUAUGCUCGAUGCACUAAACCUGUUUCUCUUGUCCCUCCUGUCUAUUAUGCUGACCUUGUUGCCUACAGGGGACGGAUGUUCCAAGAGGUGGCAAUGGAGCAGUUUUCUUAUUCGAGGUCAUCACCAUCGUCAUCACCAUCUUCUGGCGCUUCAUUUCAACAGGACUUCUACAAGUUGCAUCAAGAUCUACAAGAUGUGAUGUAUUUUGUUUAG